UUGUUUACAAACACGGGCGCGAGGGGCGGGCGGGCGGCGCGCGUGUGCUGUCUCGGGCAUUGUGGGAGCGAGCUGCAUGUCCGUGCGCACGCGGCGGGGAGAGUGUGUCGUCGUGCCGUGUCGCCAUCUUCACCGGCUCGCAGAGUCCCCCACGAUGUCUGCUCCUGUCAGGGGCCCGGAUCAGCAUGCUUGGGCCCUGCUAGCCCUUCAGAAGUCCGCGCCAGCCUCGCCUCACCGCGUGCCGUGGUCCCCCGACAGGAAGGGAACGCCCAUUGCCAGACUGGAAGGCAAGGAAUUCGAAUACAUGGUGCGCCAGAGUCGGGUGGUCAUCGGGCGCAACUCCAGCAAGGGCGACGUGGACGUCAACAUGGGCCACAAUAGCUUUAUUUCGCGGCGCCACAUCGAGAUAUACUUCGAGACGCCCCACUUCUACAUGAUCUGCAACGGCAAGAACGGCGUGUUCGUGGACGGGGUGUUCCAGAGGAAGGGGGCGCCGCCCCUGCAGCUGCCCAGACAAUGCACACUACGCUUUCCCAGCACAAACAUUAAGAUUCAGUUCCAGUCGCUGGUAGAUGACUUAGACCCCCCACCUGCCAGGGUCCCGUCUCCCCCCAAACGCAAAAUGCAGCCACUUAAAAUUAACAUUCCUGACCAAGAAACCAAUUUCGGAUCGCCGUUCCCCUCUCCGACAGGCACGAUAAGUGCGGCCAACAGCUGCCCCACAUCGCCCCGAGGAGGCCAUGGAGGGCUCGGUGGACUCGGGGGCAACAAGCGUGUCAAUGCCGAGAACCUGGUCCAGGCGGCCUACGCUGCCAUGGAAGACAAAGGUGACAUUGCAAAUACAGUUACAGUUUCAACAACUCACGAAGAGAAUCAGAUGAACUUGUCUGUGUCCAGCCAAAAUUACCACCACAAUGGUAUCCAGGCAUCCAUAGCGGAUGACAGCUACUUCACGUCGCCCCAUCCGCCUGACCAGCCUCACAGUCCACCUGGUGCCAAGGAUGACUCCAAACCACCAUAUUCAUAUGCUCAGCUGAUUGUCCAGGCGAUUUCUUCAGCUACUGACAAACAACUGACGUUAAGUGGUAUCUAUUCAUACAUCACCAAACAUUACCCUUAUUACCGUACUGCUGACAAGGGAUGGCAGAACUCCAUCCGGCAUAACCUGUCACUAAACAGAUACUUCGUCAAAGUGCCACGGUCUCAAGAAGAGCCGGGGAAGGGCAGCUUCUGGAAGAUAGACCCCGCGUCGGAGAGUAAACUAGUAGACCAGGCAUUUAAGCGACGGCGCCAGAGAGGUGUUCCUAUUUUCAAGACGCCCUUCACACACCUUUCCAAUAGCAGAUCUGCGCCAGCCUCUCCAUCACACAUUGGGAUGAGUGGGCUGGUUACGCCCGAGUCGCUGUCGCGAGAGGGCUCCCCGGUGCCAGAGUAUGUAGACUCGGCUACUGCCUCGCCUCUCAAUCCCCUUAACACGGCUGCGCAGUAUGAUGUAAACACAACUAGUGCGCCAUCCUCGCCACCCCAGCAUCAACAUCAACAAGGUACCACAUUGAUAGCCACAAGUGGGGUUAGUGUUCAGAAUUCCCAGCAGCUCAUGUCUGCCUUACAAGGCAAGUACCUGAUAGCCACAGCAGGAGGACCGAGUGGAGCAGGGUCCGGCAAGCAGGGAGAGCUGAAACAGAUCCAGUUGACCAGUGGAAGCCACAGUGGCGAGGGAGCCUCCUUCGCCCAGGGCCAAGUCAUUGUUCAGACGUCGGCUGACCCAAGCUCUUUCACACACACUCAGGUUAUCCUCCCUACGCAUCUCACAAAAUAUGGUAGUGGUUACGUGACAGUGAAUGGAGAGGUAAAACGAGUGAGCACAGCAACCACUGGACACACAGUGACUGGAACGAGUAAUAUGAGAAAUAGUAGUACUAGCACAGGAACUGCAGUCAUGGUAGGAACUGUGACUGCUGCCCCUCAUACUACAGAGUAUGUAGAGGAAGUAGUGGAGGCAGAGGGUGUCGUUAUGGCUGCCCCUCAAGAUGAGCCUCUUUCGAAACGCCCGAGGGUGGAUGUGGACGAGUCUCCGUACGAAGAUGAGUAGAUUGUCAUUGCUAAACCACCAAACCUAGUGGGCGGUGGUGGCCAGCAAGGAAACAAAGCAGUAACUGCUCUCAUGCCAGUUAAGUAGUGGUGGUCUCUGUGCAAGUAAAACAGGUUCAACUCAGGUGGACAGGAGCUGUAGGAUGGCUGUCUGACGCUGCGUUAGCCCGAGUUGUGUAUUUGAGAAAAGAUUUCCAACUCUCAGUUUUUAAAAGAACACAUCUGUGCUGUUUUUAGUGGCACAGAAGUUUGUUUUUCUUCAGGGAUUAAUAAUAAAAAAAAAGAUGUAGCCUGUUUUCUAGACAGACCAGUAAAAGGCAUCUGGUAUGGUGUAAAGACUCAAUGAUGUGCACAGUGGAUAAUAUUGUAGUGCCUGUUUUUUGCCAUAAUGUGACAACUGAUGGCAGGUAGGCCAUAUAAAAAAUAGUGGACAUCAGUUUGACAAGUUGUCUGUAAUCACAGCGAUAGAAAGGAGACUCGGCAGAACUCCAAAGCAUCUGCUGUGCCUAGGUGUAAGUGUGUCACACCGCAAGACUAAUGUCAUGUACCUGAUGGGAUUAUGGAGGUUGCAUAUGAGGCAACUUUUGCAAAUUUGUGAAGUGUCUGGAUGAGAAGUUAAUGCCCAUUAGUUACACAGAAGUAGUUUACAGACUGUUAAGUGAUGUUUUUUGCCAAGUGCUUUUUUAAGUUCAGAAGAAAGUGACAACCAUAUUUGAUCAUGAUGACUUUGCUUGCAUGUACACAUUAUUACUUGGCUUUUCUUCAUGUAUACAAGAGAUUUCUUUUUAAUCGACUUGUUUAACAUGUAUUAAAUGUAUAAAUUGAUGAUGUGAAUGCUUUAAAAUAGAGCAUAGCCAUAUUAAAUGUCAAUAUUUAGUUAUUUUUGUGAAAGGAUUGGCCUCCCAGUCUCACUGCAGUGUAUGAUACACUGGGAUGUAUGGGAAAAUUAUUGUUUUCCCUAAUAUAGUGCAGUACAAGUUUUUAGGUGAUGUAAAGUAUUCUUUUUUGUGAAUAGUAUUAAUAUGAAAAAAUAACAAAACAAAACAAAACAGAUGAUUAUAGGGGAGUGUUCAGCAUGGGCUAUGUGGAGAAAUUAAUUGUUCAAGAAUUAAGUUGAAGAGUAGAGUUUUUUUUUACAACUUCAAGAAAUGUGUGGGAGUUGUGAAACCCUGCCAUAUAUGUACAGUAUCAGAAUGUUUAGAUCUGCUAAUAGUAGCAGAGGAUAUGUUUCCCUAUUGUAGUAUCAACUUUGUACUAAAAUGAAGAAUAGCAUAGUUUAAGUCAGAAGAACUCCCAUAUUUUUCUUUAAUGUUUGAGAGGCUACAAAUGAUGUGUAAAUGGUUAUAGUACUAUAUCUGUAUGGAGAGGGACAGUGUUAUAGUAAGAGAGCAUGUUGGAACACUUCCUUUCCUUUCAUGUACAUAAAGAGAACAAAUGUAGAACUCUAGAUUUUUUUCAGAAUUAACAUCUCAUUAAAAUGUUAGCUCCUGAAAGGGGAAAUAUUUAUUUUUUUGAUUAUCUUCUCCUGACGAUGCUAGAUUAAUUCCAGCCUUUCACUGUGGAAGGAACUACACAGGUGUUUUUUAGUAUCCAAAAAUCAAUAGCAGGUUCUACUACAAAGGCCUACAAGGAAAGGUGAGUGAUUAUGGUCCAAAGUCAGAGGUAAUUGUAAAUAAUCACUAAUUAAAGCUUAAUAAAAAGGAGUAAACUUAUGUUUGAAAAGAAAAGGAAAAGAAUGGUUAGCUUGUUGACUUAAAAAGCUAAUUUUUUUUUUUUUUUUUUUUUUUUUUUGCUAUUUUAAUGAGACAUGCAUACAUACAUAUUCAGGUAACUUAAAAAAGAGGAUAUUUAUUGUGUUAAGUUAAAUAGCCAAAUUAUUAUUGUUUUUUUUUCUUCGUAUCAGAAACCUAAGACUUGUUCCUUCAGUAACAGGCAAAGUGUUACUUUUAUGUAUAGUAAAUAAAUUUGGUGCCCAUAAAUUAUGAAUGAAAGGAUCACUCUAAAACUUACCAAUCUUUCAUCCUUAGCCAGAAAAUGUCCCCCCCCCCCCUUUUUUUUUUUUUUUUUUCUUUCUUUUCUUUUCUUUCUUUCUUUUUUUUCCCCUUAAAAUUUGUGCAGUUCAGUGAGCAAAAAUUACCUAAAACAUGAAAAAUCCUGGUGGAACAUCCUCUCUCUGGCAAGGCAAGUUAUUACACAGUGAGUGUUAAAUAGGGACUGCAAAAUUUAAAAUCAGGGUCCUAUAUUAAUUGUAUUGUUCUAAAUAUGUACUUUUGAAUAUAAAGUGAAUAUUUGGUUAUCAAGAGUCGAUUCAAGUAGUUGGAAAUUGUUCUGGCUCCACAACCAAUAUUUUGACAAUCUUCUGUUGUGUGUUGAAACUGUUCCUCUCAAGAAACACUCCAGUUUUUCUUGUAUUCUUUGAUGUCCUGUGAUAGAAAGAAUUAGUAUAGCCGGUUAUCAUACGUUCUUUGUGUCAUGUGACAAAUGAUUGUGAAACACAAAUUGUUUUUAUCUGUUCCCAGUUCUUUCAGUUCUUAUCCGUUAGACCAAUGCCCGUAUUUGCUUCAUGCUUUUGGUAUUUCACUUACCAAGUGUAGCCAAGUAUUGCAAUUCCUAAAUGCUAGCCAGUUUUGUCUUGCUUAUUAAUGAAUGAUAAGGUCAUUUUGUCAUCAGUCCUCAAAUUUUGUUUACAUAAAAACAAUGGCAAGUAAUUGGCAGUCAGUGUAUUGAAAGGAAAUUUAAGUGUGUUUGGUUAUGUGUGCUUACAUAUAUAUAAGAAUAUAUAUUAUAAUUAUGAUUUUUUUUUCUUCUUUUUAUAAAAAUGCUGUGAAACUGUUCUUAGAUGAGGCAAUAACUUUGGAGUGCUGAUGGAGUGUGAGGAGUGUGUGCCCCAGCUUUACCCACUGUUAAGUUUUAGAAAAUAGGACUUGUCUUGUCUCCGCUUGGAUCUAAGCAGACGAGACCGACACUACAGUUCAACUAUCUGAAAUGUAUAUCAUGUCUUGACCCACUAGUAGUAACUUGAAAAGUAACAGAUAGUAAAAAAAGAUUGUUUAUCUGCAUAUUUAUGGAGGAUUACAAUAGGCAGGAGGCAAAUAAACUCUAUACCAAAUGGUGGUGCCAAGCAUACCCUUGAGGUGACUAACUCUACAGUUGUUUAUUAAACUGUAAUAGAAUACUGGUCUGUCCAAGGGAAUAUUAGUUUAUUAAACAUUAAAGGGUAGUACUCUUGAUAAAUACUCAAGUUUUUUGAUGGGUUUUAAGAGGUACAAAUUCCUUUGUAAUAACUGUUAACAGUAUACUGAUUAAGUGCUAGCUGCAAGCUCAUGUAAGUACUUAGGCAGUAUUUUUGAAGACAUUUACAAUGAAGCCUACAAGGUUAAUGCAAGAUCAUCAUCUAACUUGUGUAUUUCAUGAUCAUCUGCCCAAGAAAAAAAAAAAAAAAAAAAAAAAAAGUCAUCCAGGAUGACAACGGAUAGAGACAAAAGUCUCGGCUCCUCUUUAUUAAUGGCUUCCCCAACCUUUAAAUGCUCCUGACAUUCAGGAGUAACUUCCUACCCUCCUCCCUUCCCCUCCAUUACUUUUUGCGACCAACCCACAAACUCUACCCUGCCUUGAUAUCAUAGUGAUUCGUAUGUACAACUAAUAGAAGCAGAGUGAAAAUAAACCUAUUAACUCGGAUGAUGCAGUUUCAUUGGUAAAACCAACUUCAUUUCAUUCAUCUAGAAUUCAUUAACAAAAAGAGAAGGUCAAUGAAAAAGCCUCUUGUACAUAAAAUUAUUUAUUGUACACAACAAAUAUUUUUCAUAUAUAAUUUAAAAUACCUUGUUUUAAGCCAAUUUCCUUUUUAACAAGUGCUCUGCUAAAAUUGUCAGAACUUGUGCAAUGUAAAAGAAUAAUAAUGUGGCUCAAACAUUCUAUCAAAUAAAAUUAAAUAAAGAAAAGUUUACACAAAAAAAAAGGAAAGACUAGUAGGACUUUAAGCACAUAUAAUGAAAGCAGUUUUGGAAGGCACUCACUACCACACAACAGAGACCAUCUAAACCUAAGCAGAUGUGCCUCUUUCUCUCAAUCUGUUUACUCGCGGGUCGUCUUGAACUCUCCCCAGCCAUGGAAGCAUCGCGUAAACUUCUUUGAUUCUUUCCCCUUAAACGUACACAGCAGUUUUCUGGGCAGUUCGGGUUGCUUUACUCUCAAGUUCUGCACAUAUACCUGAGGGAAACAAAUAUGUGGAUAAACUGUAGAAAUUUUGGUUUAAGGGGAAGGGUGAGAGGAGGGGAGUAGAGAUGUAAAAGAAUACUGGCUACCUUGGAUAUUUCCUUUCAGUCUCAUUCAGAAAAUAAAAUAGUCUGCAUGGCAUAACUGGGCCACAAAGCAAUGUCAACUGAAAAUCUAUCUGCUGGGUUUUUACAUUGUUUACAUAAAAGAGUAAGACACUAAAAUUUAUUUACAUAAUUCACAAAAAACUGUGUUGUUUAUGCUGUAAUUAAAGGAUUAUUAAUUA